AUGAGUCUUAAAAAGAUAAACACUGCUAAGAAAAAUAAAGAUUGGAAAAAAUUCUUAAAGAUAUCAAAUAUAUUAUACAUUAUGUAUUUUAUUUUUUACAUAUUGAUAGUAACAUUCAUUAUUAUAUUUUAUUGUGUUUUAUUUUAUAAUAAAGAAAAACUAGAUAAAAACACCGAAUUUGAUUUUUCAAAAAUUAUACAUUCGUUUGUUGAAUAUAACGAUUGUAUACCAAGCUUUGAAGAAACAAAAAUUAAUAACAGUAAUCAAGAAGAUCAGUAUGUAAUAGAAACACGUUAUAGAUUGAAAUAUUGUAGCAAUCUGUACCAAAAUAAGAGCAGUUAUUGUAAAAGAGAACAAUAUUUACUUAUUAAAAAACCAAACUCUGAAUUAGACAUUGAGAAUUCAGAAAAUAACAACAUUCAUCAUCUUUGUAAAAAGACUAAUAAAGAAAACAUAAAUGUUAUUAUUGAAUAUUCAGUUUUCAAAAAUGGAAUGUUAAAAAGUUUCAAAGAUUCCUUUGAAAAAAUUUUUGAAUAUUAUAAGAAUGAUAAUGAUUUAAAUAACAUAAAGGAGGAAAUAUAUGGAACUCUAUUAUUUUAUCAGAAAAUAUUUAAUUAUGAUUCUAAUGAUAAAGAGAAAGAGAAAGAGAAAGAGAAAGAUAAUGAUAAAGAGAAAGAGAAAGAGACACGGGAAUAUUAUAUUUGUAUUGAUUGUUAUAAAAAAUUGAAUGAUAUAUUGGAAGAAGUAGAAAAAUUUGCAAAUGAUUGUGGAAAACACACAGAAGGGAAAACUAAAAAUUUUGUAAAAUUUUGUUAUGAUGAAUUUGUAAACAAAGAAGUCAAUGUUCCUUGA